AAAAAAAAAGGCCCGGGCCGGCCCCGCGCGGCCUCGUCGUCAUCUUCCACGGCCGGCCGAGGAGGCGGCCCGAGCCGGGGCUUCCCGCCCUCCAGGCCGGCUCCGUCAAGGCCGAAGCACCGCCCUCCGUUGAGUCGCCUCCUCCGAGGACCGGCUGCGCGGACCGGCCGCCUGGGUUUUCCCGGUCCUCUCCUUCUCUCUCUCUCUCACACACACACACACACACGGGGUGUCAUGGAAGAGCCGCCGGUCGGGAGCCUCAACUUCGACACGGGCUGGUCCUUGUCGGCUCCGGAGCUGGAGGAAAGAGCCCCGCUCCUCUCGCCCUGGGCGGCCCCGGGCAGGGGAUCUUUAAGUCAUGUAUCAUCUGGUAGUUCCUUUGGCUUCUCAGUAUUUAAUUUAAUGAAUGCAAUCAUGGGCAGCGGGAUACUUGGAUUGGCAUAUGCUAUGGCCAAGACAGGAAUCAUUGGGUUUAGUGUGCUGCUGUUGAUUGUUGCUGCUCUUGCUUCCUACUCUGUAUUUCUGCUGCUUAGUAUGUGCAUUCACAGUGCUGUUACUUCUUAUGAAGAUCUGGGUCUCUUCGCAUUUGGCUCACCUGGAAAGGUUCUUGUGGCCAGUACAAUUAUAAUACAGAACAUUGGCGCUAUGUCAUCUUACCUUUUCAUUAUUAAAUCUGAACUUCCUGGUGCCAUUGCAGGAUUUCUGAGUGGAGACCACAGUGGCUCCUGGUACCUUGAUGGGAGAUUGCUUCUGCUAAUUACCUCUAUCUGUAUUGUCUUCCCUCUAGCGCUUCUCCCUAAAAUUGGCUUUCUUGGCUACACAAGUAGUUUAUCAUUUUUCUUUAUGGUGUACUUUGCUCUUGUGAUCGUAAUUAAAAAAUGGUCCAUUCCUUGUCCUUUACCACCAAACUUGAGAUUCUUCCAGGCUUCAAAUUCUACUACAGAAUGUAAAGCAGCGUUGUUUAAUUUUUCCAAGGAGAGUGCUUAUGCCAUUCCAACCAUGGCUUUCUCAUUUCUGUGCCAUACAUCAAUAUUGCCCAUUUACUGUGAGCUCCAAAGUCCUUCCAAAAACAGGAUGCAAAAGGUGGCCAACACAGGAAUUGGUCUGAGCUUUCUCGUUUAUUUUGUGUCUGCACUAUUUGGAUACCUCACUUUUUAUGACCAUGUGGACUCAGAAUUGUUGCAAGGAUACAGCAGAUACCUGCCCCAUGACACUGUCAUUGUGACGGUGAAACUAGGCAUCCUCUUUGCUGUGCUCUUGACAGUGCCUCUCAUCCACUUUCCUGCAAGGAAGGCGGUAAUGAUGACGUUCUUUUCACAUCUUCCUUUCUCCCUGACCCACCACAUUUUCAUCACUUUAGGACUCAAUGCCACCGUUGUCUUACUUGCAAUGUAUGUGCCUGACAUCACACACCUUUUUGGAGUAGUGGGUUCAACUUCUUCAACCUGCCUGCUGUUUGUUUACCCUGGGCUGUUCUAUCUGAAGAUUAGCACAGAGGACUUCAUAUCACGACAGAAACUUGGGGCAUGUGCACUGUUAGUUUUUGGCUUCCUGGUUGGUCUUGUCAGUUUAGCCCUAAUUACUUACAAUUGGAUUCGUCAGUGAAAGAAUCCCUGCCUUCUUAACUCAAACGGACGUUUCAGCAGUGUCUAUAGUAAAAUGACACAGAUGUCAGAGAGAAGACUUCACUGAGGUCUAAAAACCAUGACAAUCUACCCUGGCAGUCAGUUUUCUCCUGCCCUUUUGCAAAGCUGGGCUGGAACCAGGGGAGAGCCCAUCAGCCGCCCUGCCUUUCUUUGGCUUCCUCUCUGCACUGAUCUUGCACUGUUAAACUUCUCUGCCUUGCAAGUGGCGUAACUGAAAUUAAAUAUGGAAGCUCAGAA